AUUUUUAGCAUUUAAAAUUGCUGAACAGGAAGUUUUCUUGCAAAAUCCACACAAAUAAAUCGUAAUGAAAAAAAGUUUUAAUCAUUUUGUCAAUAGUUAAAAGUCAAUCAACAAAUAUUAAAGUGUCAGAAUGAUUUGUUCAAGCCAAUAUUGUUUUACCGUAGGAUUACUCUAAAAUAAAAAAAUAAAAAUCAUUAAUAUCAUAUAUGGACAUUCAAAUAACAACGUUACAAGCACUUGAAGACGAAUGUGCGCGACUUCGGAAACAGCUUGUUAAAAACGGACAUAUACAAGAAGAAGUUGAGAUGCUUAAGAAUGAACUAGAGAAAUCAUUAGAAACUCAUUCAAAUCUUCAGUCACUUGCUUUAGCAUUUGAAAGUGAAAACCGAACAAUGCAUGAAAAGUACAGCGCUCAACUGAUUGAGCAAGCUAAGAUGGAAUCUCUCAUAUAUGAUCUGCAACAUGAAAUCAGUUUAAAGGCAGAUAGUUAUAGCCAUCUUGAAAAACGAUUUAAUAAAAUGAAAGAUAUUGUAGAAAGUAACGAUGCAUUAAAAGAACAAAUUUACAAUCUGGAAAAAGAAAAAAAAAAACUUUUUGAACAAAAUGAAAAAAUUAAAGACGAAUUAGAAACUUUAAAAAGGUGCGAAGAAAACCGCACAAAAAAGUCUAAACAAUUAAUAGAAAAACUAGGAAAGGAAAACACAGAUCUCUCUUUGAAAUUAGAAACUUAUAUUGAAGAAAUGGAAGAUCUUGAUGCAAAAGUUGUACAUCUAGAAAAAGAAAGCAAAGAAUUAAGAAGAUACUCUUCUAUUGCUACGAAAAUGGAUUUAAAAGGAUUAACUGAAUUAGAAAAAGAAAAAGAAGAAAUGAAAAUAAAAUUAAAAAAAGAAAUAAAGCGACGAGAAAAUAUAGAAAAUGACUUGUUCAAAAUUGAAGAAGAAUACGAGGAGUUUAAAAUGUAUGCCGAAAAUAAUGAAGCUGAACUGAAAAAAAAAAUACAAACUCUUAUCUCUGAGCAAAGGUUUUUUGUAGAAAGUCACGAUGCGAGUGACAACCAUGUGGCAUCUGCAUUAUACAGCAAACAGACUGUAAUAGAGACUUUGGAAGAAGAAAUUAUCAAACUAAAAAACCAGCUAAAAACGAUGGAGGAGGAGCACGAAAUUCUAUUAGAAGAAAAUUCUUCCCUUGCAAAUGAAAACUCGGAGUUAGAAGAACAACUUACGUUGUACAAGAAGAAAGUUUCUGAUUUAACAAAUAAUUUGAACAAAAUGAGUGAUACUUCAAAUAAGGUUUUGGUUAGUAGCGAUCAUAAUACAACCGACAGUGAAAACGGUAACCAUAAUAGUAAUCAAGAUUCUUCAGUAGAAAAAAUAAAAAAAUUCAAAGAAGAACUGGAACAAGUCCAAAAAUAUUUGGAAUUUGCAAAUCAAAAAAAUACGCAACUCCAGAAUGAAGCUGAGCAAAAACAAUUGCAACAUGAUAAUGCCCUUGCCAUAUUGCAAAAAAGAAAUGAAGACCAAGAACAAUCUAUUAUUAAAUUAAAAGAAUUGAACCACGACUACGAAAAACAACUGCUAAAUUUCCAAGGAUGGGACAUCGAAACCGUUAGGAGACUGAGCAUAGAUAUAAGUGAAUUAGGACAAACCAACGCUCUUAUUACAAGAAUGAUGAAUAACUUUGAAGUAGAAAGAGAAGACUACGAAAGCAAGAUUAAACUAUUAAACUCAAAAAUAUACAACUUAGAACAACAACUCAAUACGCUUAACUAUAUAAACGAAAAUAGAUCUGUGAACAGUAAUUCAAUACCAUCACCUGAGACUACACCACCUGUAGCUAUAAAAAAUGGGGAACUUCGUGAUUCAAUGAAUAAUGCAAAAAAAUUAAACAACUUUAUUGAUGAAAACCAAGAUUCAAUAAGUGAUCGCGAGCUCCGAAGGAUAUCUUAUAAACUAGCUGACGGUAACUGGAGUAGAUUGCCUCAUGAACUAAACGCUAACUCACUUCAAGUUGCGCAAAUAAUGAAUGCUCAAAUUCAUGAAAAAGAAAAAGUUUACAACUUGUUAGUUCUCUGGAGAAAUGGGAACCAAGGUGAUCGAACUGAACAGUUAGAAAAACUAGAAGAGCUGGUUGAUUCUAUUAAACGUAAAGACUUAGUUAGUUUUUUAAAAGAAGUAGGAGGUGUUAGUCGUAAGAAAGAAAAUGGUUUUAGAAACACUUUUAAGAAAAUGAAAAAAUCGGUUAGACGAUAAUUCUAGUUGCCAUUGAAAUAAUAAUCCACAAAAAAAACUUGCACACUGUCUUGAAUGAUGUUUGCAAGCACGUAAAAACAUUGCAAAUAAACUUAAAUCAUAAAUUACAAAAAAAGAUUUGGAAAAAUUUAGAUAAAUUUUGUCGUCACCGCUGUUCUCAGAUGUGAAAUCAUCAUUUUUUCAAGAGAAAAGAGAAAGAGGUUUUAUAAUGAGAAUAAAAUAAAUCAAAAGAAAACCUUUUAAUGGCUGCAAAGUUUUUUACUUAAAAAAAUGAUAAACUUCAUUGUUUUAGACAAACGUCACCCUCAAACCUUGUGAUAAAAAGUACACCUGGUUGAAACGAAGAUACAUAAAAAACACAAUAAUGCCUGGCUGAAAUAAUUUUUCAGCUUAAUAUAAAACUAUUCACAAAAAAAUUUAAAGUGAAAUAUCAAACUAUUUAUUCAAAAUUACGUGUUUGAAUUGUUUAAAAAGUUGUUUACGAUAUAAGCUAAACAAAGCAGUUGCUCAAGUCCUAUUUUUAUAAAAGUAAAUCUGCACAUGCUGUAAUACAAACCAGCGUAAUUGAGUUUCUGGUGAAAAUGAUGUGAAUGCAAAGCAUUACAAAACCUAAAUGUUUUGUAAAUUUGUUUUUUUUUGUUUUUGUUCUUUUUAUUACAUUUUAAAUAAA